AUCCAAGGCGGGCUGGGGCGUCCGACAUGGUGCUCGGUUAUGGUUAAGAGGGAGAGCUGCGGGCCGAGCCGGUAGAGUCAUCGUAUGUCCGGCCGUGAGGGCGCCCGCUGAGGCCUGUGUGUACGGGAGAACAGGGAAGUGAAGUGAUUGUGCCCGGCCGCAGAGUCUUCUGUGAGGAUGGACAUGUACCGCUCGGCCCCGGCUCACAUCCGGGAGAACAGCAGCCUCUCCGGGCUCCCCGUGGUGAAGGCCUUAUUCUCCUGCGAGACCGCCCUGUCCCCGGUCACCAACCUCACCCUCAACAUGGACCUGCUGGCGGGACUGGGGAGUCAAUGUGAGACGCCCAAGAGGAAGCUCUCUGAGCGCUUUUCUUUGCAGAGAUCAGACUCCUCAGAGUCCACAGAUGCAGGUCUUGGUCCAGAAUCGCCCAGUUCAAUUAACUUCAUGGAAGUGGAAAAGACGUUUAAAAAGACACUGUUUGAUUCUGGACAGAAUAAAAAUGCAAAAUUACCCCUGGGGCGGAGACGAUCCCUGCCUCAAAAAUCCCUUGGUUCCAGUCCUGCCUUUAAGAGAAACCUCUCAGAUUCCUUGGAUUGUGAAGUAUUUGAUGAUGAAAACAAAGAAAAUGAACCCUUUCAAUUCAAGAUCCCAGCCAGGCCAGGUUUUAGAAGUUUCUCACGACCUCGGUGCCAGGGAGAAGGCAAAGAAGCACUUGUGCAAAGGCAGAAAUCCGCUCCAGCCUGCAUGUUUUCUUCUCCUGACAAGGAUUCUGACUUCAGAGGACAUGAUCAGGUGUUUGUAAGGAAGUCGUCUUGCACGUCCACUACAACGGAAAGCAGUGACGAUGGCUUCCUGGACAUGUUAGAUGAAGAUGAAGAGAACGAUACAGAGAUUCCGUGUGGUGUUGCCAGUCUCUGGACUGCUCCUCUGGUCCUGAACCGCCCCGAGCUGUGUUAUGAGGCUGGUUCCCCUUUACAUAAUCACAAAAGCAGACUGUCAGCAAAGAGGCCGGAGAUUCCACAUGGAGACAUGCCAGAGAAAAUCAAGAGGCGGCGCAGCAUGAUCGAGGUGGGAGAGCCUGAGAAGGCUACGUGUCUAAUACGGUCCAAGUCAUUCUCUAAAACUAUUGAAAACUUAUUUGAUAGUGACCAAAGUGAUCUUAUCGGAGACUUUUCCAAGGCCUUCUUAUUUCCAACUGUGAGCGGUAAACACCAGGAGCUGAGAUACAUUACCCCGGAGAUGAUGACUGUGAUCCUUAAUGGGAAGUUUGAUUCCCUCAUCGACCUACAUGUGAUUGACUGCAGAUACCCAUACGAGUAUGAAGGGGGCCACAUAAGGGGAGCCCUCAAUCUAUACAUGGAACAGCAGGUAGAAGACUUUCUGCUGAAGAAUCCCAUCUGGACUCCUGGGGCCAAGCGAGUGGUCAUCAUCUUUCACUGCGAGUUCUCCUCUGAGCGCGGCCCCAGAAUGUGCAAGUUCUUACGAGAGAAGGACCGAGACAUGAAUGAAUACCCCCAACUGCACUACCCAGAGCUGUACAUCUUGGCAGGAGGCUACAAGGAAUUCUUCCAAAAGUGCACGUCCUUUUGUGAGCCCCAAGGUUACCGUCCUAUGCACCACGAAGAUUUCAAAGAAGAUCUGCGGAAGUGUCGCAUGAAAAGCCGGACGUGGGCCGGAGAGAAGAGCAAGCGGGAGCUGUACAGCCGUCUCAAGAAGCUCUGAAUGCACUGUAUGAACUGCGGCCACUGACCGGGAGCCAUCUAUGGGACUGUCCUAGACUUGACCCUGGGAAGUGGAGCAGACCAAGCGGCAGUGUCCUUGCACUGCACAGCUGUCAAUGAGGAUUUACUUAGGACUGCCUGGUGCAGCCGAGUUAUGUAAGCUGCCGCUGACUAGUCUCUUGGUGACGCGUAACGCCUACAGACCCCAUGACCUACAGCAGGAUUCUUUGUGUUUCUCUUCAGCAGAGAUAAAGACCCCCGGUGGAGCAUGAGCUGAGGUCUUGCUGUCAUGCAAUUUUAUACUUAAUUUUUUUUUUUUUUUAUAUUUUACGCUUAUGUUCUCAGUUUGAGAAUUUUGAUUGAAUCAAGGAUUCAUAUUAUGGCAAUUAUUGGUUUUACCCUGUGACCCCUUUUACUGUGGAGUUUUAAACUUUUAAUCAUUGUCUCCCAGGACCAAAACAAAGGUCUCCAAACCUGUAGGGUCUAAUUGCCUGGGGGGUGUGAUAUACCCCCCAACCCUCUUGAUUUGGCAUAAAUUGCACAAUUUCUUGCUCCCAUGCUUCUUUCAGAUGCACCGAACUUGCAGAAGUUCUGUUAACUUGCUAAACAUCUGGGCAGAACUGGUGCAACUUCUUUCUUUGUCCAUUGAUUGACAAUGCGCCUGUCAAGGUCGAGUUUAUAAUUAUGUCUUGGGGGCUCUUUUUGGCAGCAUUGCUUUAUACAUUCGCGUGCACUUAAAUUUUUAGGUCGGAUUCACAGUUUAAUUCUGCGUUCUAAUCUACAUAAACAGGAGUCACGAUAAGGUUUACUGUAACCCUUAUUGAUUCGGUGGUAUACCCCAGAGCUAAACUCAAAAUUCUGCUCUCGGUUCAAUACUAGAUAUGGAAUACUCUGAAGUGACAACUUUUUAUGUAGAUUUUAAUUAACAUUAAAGCUGUAAAAUGGGAUCGGGUUGUGAUCCUUUGGCCUCUAUGGUUAUUAUGUCUGUGCAGGAAACAAUUGGGUCUCCUUGGAUUGGAAAAAAAAACAUGGCUGCUUCUGGAAGCCACUUAAAUCUUGUCCAUGAGUUGGUAUUGCGUCUCUGCUCCACUGAAUGGGGUUGGGCUGCAGUACUGUAGACUGUGUAGAUCAGCAUCGUGCUGUCUUUUUAAAAGGCAGCCAUGUUUCUCAUCCUGUAACUGGAUGGUAGGGUCUUCCCCAGCUCGGAAAACGACGACCAUUGUCUUGGUAGAUAAAGGAAGUUGUAGCUCUGCUACGGGUGGGGAACGGCAUGUGCCGUAUACAAGGGAGACCCAAUGGGUUACUUCAUGGACAUAAGUAGCGAUGCUGAAGCCCCUAUCUGUGGGUUGUAACUUUCUAAUCGUGUUUUAAUGUAAAUUUUAUGUUGUCUGACAGGGGUUGGUUUGGGUUUGAUUUUGCCAUCUACGCCCGUUCUGUUUGCAGCCUGGACCGGUUGAUGCUUGUCCAGGAGAUCAUGUGCAUUGUGUGUUGACUAUGGUCAUGUGACUGUUCCAGGUUUGCAAUAUCCUGUAGGGAAUAUGCAGUUCUGUAUCUUGUCUUUCUCCUUACAGGAAAAUAAAUGACAUAA